AUGGGCCUCCUCACUGUUAUUCGCAAGAAUCGUCAAAAGGAAAAGGAAAUGCGAAUCCUUUUCUUAGGUCUCGACAAUGCAGGCAAAACCACCAUUCUCAAGAAGCUCAAUGGAGAGGACAUAACUGGAAUCAGCCCAACGUUGGGCUUCAAUAUCAAGACCUUUGCGCACGGACACUAUACCCUGAACAUCUGGGACGUCGGCGGCCAAAGAACUCUUCGACCCUAUUGGCGAAACUAUUUUGAACAAACAGAUGCUUUAGUAUGGGUCGUCGACUCUGGUGAUAGGAUGCGCAUGCAGGAUUGCAAGCAGGAGUUACAUAGUCUUCUGACUGAAGAUCGUUUGGCGGGCGCAUCCCUCCUGGUCUUUGCCAACAAACAGGAUUUACAAGGUUCAAUGACGGAUACUGAAAUACGCGACGCGCUUGACCUUCGCUCCAUAACAACACAUCACUGGAAAAUAUGGCCUUGCAGCGCAGUGACCGGGGAAAACCUUGUUUCUGGCUUGGACUGGGUUGUAAACGACGUUGCUAGCAGACUAUACUACAGCUCUACGACGUCAUUGCGAGCGGAACGCAGUCUCGCUGUGAUUUGA